ACUAGAUUGUCAGCCACUAAACAACGAUCGCCUCAAAAUUAGGGGAAAAUUCCAAGUAAGUAUUAUAGAGUGUUGGAGUCCAACAGAGGGAGAACCCAAAACGCAACCGCCCAACGAGCAUGAAGAGCCAGACCAGUGCUCUGAGGAAUCUUCGCCAGAAAUGCGGUGGCAGUUGCACCAGUGACGAUGACCUGCCCGAGGUGAAGAUAAUCAACCCGCCGCUCAUCGGAGUGCAAUUCAUCCGAAGUCGCCUGAAGCCGCCAAAAUCCCAGAAGGGCAUCUACUACAGCACGGAUUGGGAGAAGUCGGCGCUGGUCAGCAAUUUCCAUAAAAGGGGAUGGGUACAGGUGCCAUCCUUCAAUGGCGAAUGGAACUUCUACUGGGCCUGCACCCAGAAUUGUCGCUACAUCUUUGGCAUCGAUCAUCCGUAUCGCAUGCGAUCUGAUCAAGUCAUCAACCACUUCCCAAACUCCGUUGAGCUGUCGCGCAAGGAUCUGCUGAUCAAGAACAUCAAGCGGUAUCGCAAGGACCUGGAGCGACGAGGUGAUCCCCUGGCCCAGAGCCAUCCGCCGGACACGAAACUGGGCAUUGGAGGUACGCGCUACAAGCACCUGGACAUCAUACCCAUGACCUUUGUCUUGCCCUCUGACUACCAGAUGUUUGUCGAAGUCUUCCAUCGCAAUCCGGCCAGCACAUGGAUCGUCAAGCCGUGCAGCAAAUCGCAGGGUGUGGGCAUUUACCUGGUGAACAAGCUGUCCAAGCUGAAGAAGUACGCCUACGAUGCCCGCACCUUCUAUCCGCAAAUCAACAGGGACACCUGUGUGAUCUCCAAGUACAUCGACAAUCCCCUACUCAUCGGCGGCAAGAAAUUCGAUCUGCGACUCUUCGUCCUGGUGACCACGUUCAAUCCGCUGAAGGCGUAUCUCUAUAAGGAGGGUUUCUGCCGCUUUUGCACCGAAAAGUACGACCAGACCGAGAUCGACAAUGUCUUUAUGCACUUGACCAACGUCAGUAUCCAAAAAACGAACCAAGAGUACAAUUCGAUCCAUGGUGGCAAGUGGCCACUCCAGAAUUUGUGGCUCUAUUUGGACAGCCUGCGGGGCGAGGGCGUUUCGGAGAUGCUCUGGAGCCGCAUCACCGACACCAUCAGGCACUCCUUGGACGCAGUGGCUCCGGUAAUGGCCAACGACCGGCACUGUUUCGAGGUCUAUGGCUACGACAUCAUCAUCGACAAUAACCUGAAGCCCUGGCUAAUCGAGAUCAAUACGUCGCCAUCGAUGCACUCGACCACCACAAACGAUCGCAUGCUCAAGUCGCGGCUAAUAGACAACGUCCUGGACGUGGUGGUGCCGCCAAAUAGUUUGCCAGAUGAGCACUGGAACAAGACACCCAGUCCUGAGCUUCUGAAGAACUUUACCGUACUGAAGCCCAUUCCCACAUCAAAGCCGCCAGCGGAAGCUACCGUUCGACGCAAAGGUAGAUCGUCCAAGAAGAGAAAGUCCAAGUCCACCACAGCAGCUCCAGACGCCGGCUCAUCCACUCCACCGCCCGCCGAAGGGGAGACCAAGAUAAAAAGGAGCACCAAGCUGGUGGGGCGGUGAUAAACCCUUAUCCUUAAUCGUUGGGUGGUUGUCAAAAGAAAAUCGUACUGGACUCUUUGUUU